AUGACCGUAGAUGUAUAUAAACGUAUGCGGCAUAUGAGUAUAAUCGAUAAUGAAAUAACUGAAGCGUAUGAAAUUAUUCAUGAAUCGAACUCGAAUAUACUUUUAAGAAUUCUUUGUGACGAUUUUGAAAACAAAUUUCAUCGCAUCACAGUAGCAACGACGUGGAGUGCUAAUGCUAAACUUCUUGUUGUUCUCGAAAAUGCUUACGAUCCGAGAUGUAUUUUUGACAUACUCCUAAAAAAGCAUAUGACGAAUGUAGUAGUUCUGAAUGAUACAGCGACAUUAGAGUUGUUCACUUAUAAUCCAUACGACGAUUUUGGCUGCGGAAAGCGAUACAAUAGAAUUAUUAAGCUGGGUCAUUGCAAAGGACAAUAUUUAUUCUUUGACAAACUUAACACUGACAUACGAAAUUGUACAUUUCAAGCAUUGAGUGCUCAUAUGCCUCCAUACUCAAUAGACCCUGCCACUAAUCAAUCUCAGUAUAAAGGCGUUGAACAAUACCUUUUGGAGAUAAUAAGUGAUAAAGAAGCAUUUAGAAUCAAUUUUACCUUUAAAAUAAAUAGCGAUGAAUACACCGUAAUUGCAGAUAAUAUGUCAGCUGUUGGCCCACUGAGUGCUUUACAAACUGGAGAGGCUGACAUAAUAACUGGAGGCAUGUUACUUACCUAUCAACGCGCUAUGGUUCUUGGUUAUCUCACUGGAGGAGUAACUUUUACAGAUUAUCUACAACUACACGUAGCGACGGCAAAACUAGUCUCCAAUUUAAAAAACAUUUACUCAGAGUUUCAAUGUUGGAUCUGGUUAGCUUUGUUUAUCGUGUUCAUUGUAUAUUCAGUGUUAAUGUAUUUGAUAAUGCGCAAGCGACCAAAGCAGACUAUUAUACUAAAAAUGUUUGGUUUCUUUCUUCAGCAAAGCAGUCGGGUAAAAGGUGAUAGGACUAAUAGACUAUUUAUAUUCUGGAUAUUUUUUGCAUAUUUAAUUAACUGCUUUUACCAAUCAAGUAUCGUCAGUUUCACCCUCCAUCCACAUCUAGACUAUCAGAUUUCCAGUAUGGAAGAUAUUUUGGACUAUGGUCUAAAACCAUGCCUCAGUUUAAGCAUGAGGAGAAUAUUAUUAGGUAUAAGUUAUAUAUCACUUGCCAAGAACAAUGCAUUGGAUUGUGAACGACGUGUUGAUAGUAUGAAUAAGGUUGCGGAAUCCUCUAAUCACUUUACUGUUUACCUUAAGUCCUUGUUCGCAUAUGAAGAAACUAAAUAUUAUGAUGCAUUUGGUAAGUCUAAGAUUUACACUAUAGAUUAUCCGCGAGCACAGGUUUUAUAUGCAAUUUACUUUUACAAGGGCUUUCCUUUGCCAUCAAAACUACAACAUCUUUGUCGGCGUGUUGAAGAAGCUGGUUUGAUAAAUAGACACCUUGAUCGACUUAAAACAGAGAGACAGGCAAAACUUACUAUCGGGAUUAAGAAGAAAAGGUUCCAAUUUAUCAUGCCCUGGCAAGUUUUAGGAUUUGGGUUUUCCCUUUCGACAUUCGUUUUAAUAUUAGAAAUAGUCAUAAAUAAAUAUUGUCGUGUAUGUUGGUAA